AUGGCAGCGACGGCCUCGGCGUCGGCUGCUAUGCCCCCCGUGGCUGCAGCAGCCACGGGCGGCGACCUCGAAGACAGCAACAUCUCCAGCCCGCUCAGCGAGGUCGAUGACAAGGACGCCAACGACGAGGAGAUUGAACACAUGCACCUGGACAGAGACCACCUGAGCGCUGGUCCAGACGAGGCCCAGGGCACCGACCACGCCGGCUCAGACUCGGACAGCGCCCUCUCCGACGCAGCGUCUGACGACGACGUCGAUGAGAACGAGUCCCCGACAAAGCCCAUAACAAUUCCUCCGAAAGAAGACAAAAGCUCUCGCGGCGACUCGCAGGAGAGGAAGCGGAAGCGAUCUGCUGCCGCCGCCGAACUCCAGUCAGACCUGGAGCAGCCGGCUAGGAAACGCACGGGAUCAAUAUCGGCUGCCGAUGCAGACGGUGACGAUCAUCUUGCGGCUGCCAAAGACGACGCGACACCCGCCGCCAUUGCUGUCCGCUCAGUUCGGUCUGUUGCGGACGACGACGAGGCCUCUGCCACGAACCAAGACACGCCGGCCGAGGACGAAGCUCUGGAGGUGCCAAGGAAGACCAAGCGUAGCGGCUCGAAGCGGAAGACGGUCGUUUCGGAUGAUGCCGAGAGCGAACCCCCGGCAGAAGCCCGUGACGACCAGCAAGACCCCGCGCUGGAGGAGGAGCCCGAGCCCGACCAUGCCGAGGAAGAGGAGGCAGAGCCCGAAGCUGAUGAGGAGACUGACGCGGCAGCGCGCAACCUCGAAGAACUGGAAAGGAAGCAAGCUGCCUAUCGAGACUGGACGCAGAUUGAGGAAAUGUUUGGCAUUUUCAGGGAUCGGCUUUACAAGGAUAGGCUACAGAGGCUCGAAGAAGAAGAGCAGUCGCUACACGCUCCAGAGCCCACGCAUCCCGAGUACCUCAACAUGAAGCAGUGCCUGGAUGACCGACUGGAGCAGAAGCUACGGGCCAUCAAUACCGAGCACGAAUACCGACUCAAGGCUCUCGAGCGGCGCGCCGUGGCCACGAGAGCUCAGAUCUGGGGCCAGUACUUUCAGGCUGUCCGAGAGAAGCGCGAGCAUGCUCUGGAGGCCCUCAACAGGCAGUGGUACGAUGUGCAGAGCGCUCGGCGGAGCGCGCACAGCCUGCCAGACUACGGCCUGCUGUUCCCCAAGGAUCCCGCGCAGCGCAUCAGGAACGCCAUUGCCUACAACACCGAGGUGUCGACCCUCGCCGGCCUCGCCAAAUACGAAGGCUUCCCAGCUGGACCUGAGCUGCAGGGGGCAUCUACAUCCGAGCUGGAAGCUGACCUGGCCGCCAUGGAAGUGAGUGAACUCUGUCUUGCGAAGAAUUUCCACGAUUACUGA